AAUACCCUGUCGCUGCUGCGGCGGAGGCCGAGGCUGGGAGCCGGGGCGGGUGGGGAGUGCCGGCCGCGGAGGAGCUAGGGGCGAGGUCAGCCGGAGCUUCGAGCCUCCGCCGCUCUAGCGAGCGGUGACCCCGCGCCCAGGCGUCGCCCGACCCGCGGCUGUUCCCGAGGCGGUUGGUGGGGGCGCGGCGGCGGCGGCGGUUGGGGGUGGGGAGAGGCGCGGCGAGGAGACGAGAGAGGUCAGCGAGUUUGCGGGAGGAUCGCAAGCCGUGCCGCCGUCAUGUCCGAGGACUCGAGCGCCCUGCCCUGGUCCAUCAACAGGGACGAUUACGAGCUGCAGGAGGUGAUCGGGAGCGGAGCGACGGCCGUGGUCCAGGCAGCGUACUGCGCCCCUAAGAAGGAGAAAGUGGCCAUCAAGCGGAUAAACCUCGAGAAGUGUCAGACCAGCAUGGACGAGCUCCUGAAAGAAAUCCAGGCCAUGAGUCAGUGCCACCACCCCAACAUCGUGUCGUACUACACGUCCUUCGUGGUGAAGGACGAGCUGUGGCUCGUCAUGAAGCUGCUGAGCGGAGGUUCUGUUCUAGAUAUUAUUAAGCACAUCGUGGCCAAGGGGGAGCACAAGAGUGGGGUCCUGGAUGAGGCUGCCAUCGCCACGAUUCUCAAAGAAGUGCUGGAAGGCUUGGAGUACCUGCACAAGAACGGGCAGAUUCACAGAGACGUGAAAGCGGGAAACAUUCUCCUUGGAGAGGACGGCUCGGUGCAGAUCGCAGACUUUGGGGUUAGCGCUUUUUUAGCGACUGGUGGUGAUAUUACCCGAAAUAAGGUGAGAAAGACCUUUGUCGGAACUCCUUGCUGGAUGGCCCCUGAAGUCAUGGAACAGGUCCGAGGCUAUGAUUUCAAAGCGGACAUCUGGAGUUUCGGGAUCACAGCAAUUGAACUGGCCACCGGGGCGGCCCCUUACCAUAAAUAUCCACCGAUGAAGGUUUUAAUGCUGACGCUACAGAAUGAUCCUCCUUGUCUGGAAACGGGCGUUCAAGAUAAGGAAAUGCUGAAAAAAUACGGAAAAUCAUUUAGGAAAAUGAUUUCAUUGUGCCUUCAAAAGGAUCCAGAAAAAAGACCAACAGCAGCAGAACUGUUAAGGCACAAAUUUUUCCAAAAAGCAAAGAAUAAAGAAUUUCUUCAAGAAAAAAUACUGCAGAGGGCACCAACUAUUUCUGAAAGAGCUAAAAAGGUCCGGAGGGUGCCAGGGUCCAGCGGCCGCCUUCACAAGACCGAAGACGGUGGCUGGGAGUGGAGCGACGACGAAUUUGAUGAAGAAAGUGAGGAAGGGAAGGCGGCCAUCUCGCAACUCAGGUCUCCCCGAGUGAAAGAAUCGCUAUCAGCUUCUGAGCUCUUUCCGACGGCGGACCCUGUGGGUACUUUACUCCAAGUUCCAGAACAGAUUUCUGCGCACCUACCUCAGCCCGCCGGGCACACGCCUGCACAGCCCGCCCUCGUGUCUCCCCCGCCCCCCGCAGAGCCGGCCACCCCAGCUCAGGCCCCGUCCGCAGGAGCAGGGCCGCAGCACGCCAGCGUCCCGAUCAGCCUCGUGCUCAGGCUAAGGAAUUCAAAAAAAGAACUAAAUGAUAUUCGAUUCGAGUUUACUCCUGGGAGAGAUACAGCGGAAGGCGUCUCUCAGGAGCUCAUCUCUGCCGGCCUGGUCGACGGAAGGGACUUAGUAAUAGUGGCAGCGAAUCUGCAGAAAAUUGUGGAAGAGCCUCAGUCAAAUCGAUCUGUCACUUUCAAACUGGCAUCUGGUGUCGAAGGCUCGGAUCUUCCUGACGACAGUAAACUAAUAGGAUUUGCCCAGCUCAGCAUCAGCUAAAGCACAGCCCCGGAGGAGGCGGCCCCACGAGAUUCCGCACGUGCGCGUCUCUUGCUUCUGUCGGCCUAAACCCACUACUGCCAAAGAACCUGCGACCAGCCCCCGGCCAGGAGCCUCAGAGCUUCCCUUUCGUUCUUCCCGCCGUCGCUCCCCCCCGCGCCCCCCCAGGCCGUGGCCAGCGUCCCUGUAAAGAGUUCCGUUAGUGACCCUGCCCCACGCGCCCGUCCUCCGCCGGCGAAGGGGCCGCGAGCCUCAGGGCCCGCCUUGCCUUACUCCAGCGGCGGCAGGGCUGGGGGGCCGCGCUGGGCCCGGCGCCUCCUCCUGCCUCUGGGGACAGCCCCUCACCACCGAAGCGGCAGCUCCGAGGUGACUGUCAGCUGGAGCCCAGAGAACUUAGUUUAGUGGUUUGGUUUGUUCUGUUUCGUUUCGAGUCUGAUGUGACUUCUAGCAGGCUUUGUCAGGAAGAAGCACAGCCUCCGAGGAGGCAGCCUAAACCGCGGCCCUGUUUUGUUCGUGUUUCUAAGCGUUUUGCGGAAGCUGAUCUCAGGCGCCCCAUCACCACUCCCUCCGGAAAGGGCCGCCAGCCUUAACUUCAGCCGGUGCGCGACGUCCGUGGUCGCACCUCAAGCCAUCAGACCCUCGGAGUGCAGGUUGGGGCCUAUUUCGGCAAACACAUCAAGGAACGGCCUACAAAAGUGAGUUCUCCCAGCAGUGGUUUUGAAAAGGAAAAGUCGGAACUCAUAUCAUCAAGGAAAUAUUUAUUUUCAAACCUUCAAAACUCCAGUGGAAGAAGAACCGCUUGCUCCUCAGUCGCCCACGGAACCCGCCCGGCCUCCGCGCCCGAGGAAACGCAAGGCCGACGCGCACAGCAAUAAGGAGCCGCCCGGGCCGGCCUGCCCCGCGCCCCCUCCCGCACUGACCCUCCGGAGGGGGCCCGCACCUCUGCGCGGACCCGACCCAGGACGCAGCGUGAAGCCACAUGUGCCGUGACUUUUAGGAUUUAUGAGUAGACCGUGUUCAUUUGAUUUUCUAUAAAAAUAACAUAAAUUAUUCUGUACGUUUCAAACAGAGCACUCAUAAUGCAAUGGUGAGCGCCCGGUGGGGCCGACUUUCCUUCCGGCUGCUUCCCAGCCAGCCCUUGUCCACCUGCACGGAGCCCGGCCACUUUGUGCAAGAAAGGCACACUCAGCCCGGCCUUACGGUGACACACACAGACGGGCUGUGGCCCCUGGAAGAGGGGAGAGUCGCCUCUUACCGAACCGCUCGGCCCGCUCCAGCACUGGUGGUCUGUGAAUAACAAGGUCGUCCACCUGGUUUUCUCUGGGAGCAUCUCUGGAACCUUCCCUCACGACUGAGUCGUCACAGCUGUGGUUGCUCGUUCUGAGCUCGCGGUUCCAGUCACGGGCUUUCUCCCCCUGCCUCGGGUGCAGAGACGACCUGGGAAAGGAGUGGAUGCCGGGGAGCAGGGGGGCGGGGGUGGCGGCUUGGAGGAGAGUCGAUGACAGGACCACACAGGACGUCCCGGGUCCCAGCACGAUCGGUCAGAAGAGGGAGCGUGCUGAGCCUCGACAGGGAGAAGGUUGAUCUGCUUGCUGCAAAAAUAGUUCGCUUUUCUUUUUUUCUUUUCUCUCUCUCUCUCUCUCUCUCUCUCUCUUUUUUUUUUUUUUUUUUUUGUUAGCGGGGUGGGAAGCUCAGGCUGGGAGGUGGGAAGAAGGGGACAGCGUCCUCUUGGGCUCCGGACCAGUGGCCUGCCGUGGAGUCCGUAUUUUGGUCUCACGCCGUCAUCAUCCACUUACUGGGAAACCCGGGGGUGGCGGCGGCGCUCUGUUCUAGCAUUCUCUUUGGAGGCGGGCUGGAGCCCAGGCUGGGGCUCAGGGGCAUCCCAACCCCGUUCCGUUUCUCCAGCUAGCCGUCACCCUCGGAAGCGGGCUGGGGCUUUCUCUUCCUUUUCCGUUCAUUGUUUGCCCUGCUGGGAACUAGGAGCCGACCCCCAGCCUAGGGCGGCCGGCUCUUUUCUUCCGCCACGGUGACUUACACGGGGAUGCUGAGGAAAGACGGGAACGGAAACGUGCAGGCGGGACAGCACGUGACACUCUGAGUGACCUUGCUCCUUUCCAGGAGCGUCGGUUCGGGGCGCCCCUCUGUCCGUGGGUCCUGGGCCCCCCUGGUCCCUUGGGGUCGGGACUGACUCAGCACAAGGUAACAUGUGCCAAUGCUGUUUGCGAAAUGUAUGGUCUUAUUCCCGAUGACUGAUAGAUUUGUUUGGGGUUUUUGCUUAAGUUUUGAACCAAAUCCUAGAGCCAGCUGAUACUAUUUAAUAAUCCGAGGAUAGAAUAAUGGUGUAUCAAUAAAUGGAGGUUCCUCCUCAUGACGUAUGCUAGAUUCUGGAAGAUGUAAAAUAUCUGACCCUCCCCCUCCCUUUUUUGGACUUUGUAUUUUGCUGCAUGUUUCCUUCAUUUUUAAUCAAUAAAGAGUAAAUUGUCUGUA